AUGAGAAGCAAGCUGAUGAAGAAGCUCGAACUCUCAAAACUCAAGAAAGUAGAAGUUGACCGCAAGAUUAAGGAAAUCUUGGCCAAACGGGAUGAUACAGUAGAAAAGGCGAUUAACACAAUAUUCGAUAUCAAUGCUGGUAACAACGUCGGCCAACUACUUUACCAAAGUGACAUCCUUCUGACAAAGAAACAAGCAGAAGAAGUCAUCGAAAGUAUCGAAGGAAAGAACGGUCAAAUGAAGAGACAAGCAUUCAAGGAUGACUUCUACCCUGAUAACAAUUGGGUGGACGGAGUCUUUUAUAGAUUCGACGAAAGCAUAGAUCCUCGUACCAGAAAAAUAUUCGAGUUAAGUGCCAAACAAUGGGAAAAUGCUACAUGUAUCGAUUUUACUGAAGACAAAGAAGAAAAAGAGCCUCAUUUCAUUUUGGUGCUCAAACAUGGAGCCUGUUUCUCAGAAGUAGGACGAGUUGGCUUCGAACAGUGGCUUUCACUUGAUCAAGGUUGUGACCAG